AUGUACCUAUCAAAUAAGGUUGUAAAAAUUUUGAACUUGGCCGUGCAGUCGCUGUGGCAGAUGCAACCCCUACUGGCCUCGAGUGCUGAGUGGGAGGGCAAGGGAUGGCUACUUCUAUUCAGCACUGCCAUCCAGAGAACUACUGGUGAGGACUGCAGUUCUGAGGUCCCUCCUGAUGAGCUUGGGUGCUCUCUUGCUGAAUGGGCCUUAAGGGUAAAAGCUGUUAAACUGGAGAAGGAAGUCCAGGAUUUAACGAUGAGAUACCAGAGAGCUGUAGCUGACUGUGAAAACACAAGGAGAUGUGUGGAAGACUCCAAGAUAUUUAGAAUCCAGAGUUUCUGUAAGAUCUUGGUGGAGGUGUUCCACAUUUUGGAGAAGACUACAGAGUGCAUUUCUGAAGAAUCAGAACCUGUGGACCAGAAGCUCACUCUGGAGAAGGUCUUCCAAGGGUUGUCACUUUUUACUACCUUAUCAGAUAAGGUAGCAAAAAAGUUAAAAAGAAACAUGUGCCUUCCGGGGUAA